CAAACACACGUAGAUUUUCCAGCUGCAACGAACCCCUGUCUCUAGUCCCAGUGCUGCUUCACCAGGAUAUACUAUCUUCGUAUUGCAACUUCAAGUGUGGAGUUCUUUUUUUCGCAUGCGAGAUAGAAGAUCAUUCUCCGGUGUAAACAAACAGAGCCUGUCAAAGUAUGUGGGAAGGGUACGACCUUACUGACUUCUUGUAUUUCGUCGAUGUCGUUCUCGGCGAAACUACAAGCAUUUUGGAAUAUCUGCUGACAUCUAUAUGGUGAUAUAAAACGCAGGAAAUUGUAUAUCUCAUCUGUUGUUUCUCAGUUUGUGACGUCACGCGCAAGUGAAAAAUACAUUUUUUUUAGAAAGUGAGAUGACUGAUUAGCGAACUAGUUUGGUGGACUAUAUUUACAACGAUUUUCUUCUGUGUCGAGAAUAUUCUGGAUCCUUCGCGAUGAUUAUAGGGCCAAGACCGACGGUGGGCUGGGUAGGAUACCUGAUGCUCGGGGGAUCCUGGUAUCGCAUGGCUAUUGUGAUGGUGUUCUUUGGCUUCGCUACCAUCUUCAUCGUGAAUCAGGGUCGUCAGGCCAUCACUCUGCACUAUACCACGCCGGUGCCUUUCCCUCCGCCGGUGAUGUUCCUUCCAUCGCCCGCCCACUCCCACACCACAGCCCUGGACGCCUGUUCUGUCGAGGCCGCGGGCGUGAGCCCAUUCAACCCGACGGACCGAAGGCGAGUCUAUGUGUUCAUGUGGACGGGGACCAUCAGCCACCACGAUGUGUGGGGAAGGUGGAUCUUGAACUUACCGAAGGUGGACAUCUCGCUGGUGAACCUCCCGAAGCUCGUCAGCCAAACGCCCCUGGAGGAGAUCAGGAAGCACACCAUCAGGAGCUCGUGGCCGGACUGGAUGGUGUGGGCGGCGACCCGCGUGUCCCUGCUGUGGGCGGCCGGGGGGAUGGUGCUGCCCCUCGGCGCCAUCAUGACGAAGCCGCUCAUGGUGGACGCCCAUGGGCCCAAGUCAGGCCUGAUGGCGCUGACGGAGGACGGCGAAGUGGACCCGCUCCUGAUGGCGAUGCCCGCUCACCACCCGAUUCUGCUGGCCAUGGCAGAGCAGCUGAUGAACUCGAGCAUCGGAGGCAACCAAGGCAGUCUCCUGACGAAGGUCAUCCGAGAGGUUUGCUUUGUGGACGACCUAAGACACCUGGCCUUCACCGACUGCACCCAGAUCACUGUCCUGAAGGGCCGGGCGGUGGAGGACUUCGGAGAAACAGAG